CCACCCGCGCCGCCGCCACCAUGGAGGCCAUCAAGAAGAAGAUGCAGAUGCUGAAGCUGGACAAGGAGAACGCCCUGGACCGGGCCGAGCAGGCGGAGGCCGAGCAGAAGCAGGCGGAGGAGCGGAGCAAGCAGCUGGAGGAUGAGCUGGCCGCCAUGCAGAAGAAGCUGAAGGGGACGGAGGACGAGCUGGACAAGUACUCGGAGGCGCUGAAGGAUGCCCAGGAGAAGCUGGAGCUGGCGGAGAAGAAGGCGGCCGACGGCAGUGCCGUGUCCCAGGCACCUGUGGGGCAGUGCUGGAUCCUGGCCCCCCGUGGGGCAGUGCCAUGUCCCCGGUGA